UUUUUUGGGUGGAAAUAUCUAUUAGUUCCUAUCUCUGGCCUCAUUUUUAUUUUCUCGGUCUCUUUCUUCUCCUUUUUCUUCUUCUGCUGCUGGUGGUGGUGAUUUUGGGUCCAAUGUUUCGAUCUUUUUUGUGUAAAUCAGGAGGAACUCUUAAAAGUCAACUCAUCAAUGGAGAAUCUUCUUCUUCAACAGCAGCAGCUAGGUAUUUUCUCUUUUCAUCUCAGCAUCAAGAGGUUGUAAUUUUAAAAUCUAGGGUUACUUCCAUCUUGUAUUCCUUCUCUACUUCUACUGCUACUGCUGGUAAUCUUACUUCUUCUGAUUCUGAUUCUUCAUUUGUGGUUUCUUAUCUGAUUAAUUCAUGUGGGUUAUCUGAAUCUGAAGCUAUUACUGCUUCUAAAAAACUCAAUUUCAAAACCACAUCUAAUCCUGAUUCAGUCUUAAUCCUACUUAAAACAUACGGAUUUACUGAAUCCCACAUUUCUAAAUUAAUCCCUAAACACCCACUCAUCCUCUUGGCCAAUCCUCAUAAAACCCUUAAACCCAAACUUGAUUUCUUCAGAUCAAAAGGGCUUUAUGAAAUUGAGCUUGCCAAUUUCAUCUCAACUGUCCCUGGAUUACUGAUGCAAAGCUUAAAUAAAGAAAUAAUUCCUUCCUUUGAUAAACUUAGGAGCCUUGUUCAGUAUGAUGAAAGCGUCAUUAAAAUGAUUCCAAGAAGUUCUUGGAUUCUCAGGGAAAGUCGAGUUCAAAAAGUGAUGGUCAACAUAGAGCUUUUGAGAAAUCAAGGUGUCCCUCAAACUAAUAUUUCUAACUAUCUAAUCAACCAACCUAGAAAAUUUACUGGAGAUGCCAAUAGUUUUAGAGAGAUUGUAGACAAGGUUAAAGACAUGGGUUUUAAUCAUUUACAAACCGCAUUUCUCAGGGGAAUAAUCGGAUUGGCAUCGAUGAACGAAGCCAAUUGGAAAAAUAAGAUGGAUGUUUACAAGAGAUGGGGUUGGUCUGAGAAUCACAUUCAAACAGCAUUUAGGAAAUAUCCUGGUUGUAUGUCGGCCUCAGAGAAGAAGAUUAUGGCAAUUAUGAAUUUUCUUGUGAAUGAAAUGGGUUACGAGUCUUUGAGUAUUGCAGAAUACCCAACAGUUAUUAAUUGUAGCUUGAAGACGAGGAUUAUCCCAAGGUGUUAUGUUAUGAGGAUUCUAGUCUCCAGAGGUCUGAUCAAAGAAAAAAUUCCUAUAAGCACAAUGUCAACAAUGCUAGACGAGUCUUUUCUGAAGAAGUUUGUAAUAAAGUAUGAGCAAGAAGUUCCUGAACUGAUGAAGGUAUACCGAGGUCAGUUGAAUUACCAAGAGCUACUUCAGAACUGAAGGAAUUGUCGAGAUGAAUGCGCAGUACCGGAUUUAUGAAUUUUCAAGUGUGAAACCAAAUGAUGUAUACUUCAGGCAGGGUUUGCCUCAAUAGAGAGAGAGGAAGCAUAUGCGGGUUGUGUCUACUGUUUCAACAUGGUAGGAUAGAAAAUGGGGUAAAUGAAAGCCUUACGAAAAGAUUUUGUUGGAUGCUUUGUUUUGAUACUUAUUUCUACAGUCUGGUAACCAUGAAUUGCCUAAUCGCAUUGCUCAAUAAGCUAUGGUACAGCGACUAGCUAUUAUCAGUCAGUCAAAGUUCCACCUCCCGCAGCAUCAACAUAAUCAUCAUUGCUGCUUGGAAAACUGCGUUCCUUCAUGGACAGGCUGCUGCAAGGCUGCUAAGGCACACAAAGCACAAGUCUGACUAUCAUAUUGUCUGUUUUACUUUUCUAGUUUCUUUGAGUAUCUUGAGUUAAUAUUUCCUAGUUUCGUAUUAGAACUUACUGUCAGAAGGAUGCUGUUUAGUUGUAUUUAGUAAAUAAACCAAUGUAAGUCUUGAACAUAAGAACAAACAAUCAACAGUUAUUCUUUCUUAU